AUGUCAGAUAAAGAGAUUACAUAUGAACAACAACAACAACAACUACAGCUUCAAUUACUACAAGAUAAAUUCCUGCAACUACGAAAUGAACAACAACAGCCAUUUGUUUUAAAUCAAGAAGCAUGUGAUAGAAUAUUGAUUGAAGAUUUGGUUAAUUCUGCCCAUUCACUAUCAUUAGUAUUAAGACAAAAUCAAAGUUGUGAAGAGGAAACAGAGAAUAUUAAUCAUAGAAAAUUUAAAUCAAUACACAGAGAACGUUCAAGAGAAAGAAAAAAAAAUAAAAAUUAUGGUAGAAAAAAUAAUAUAAUAAAUAGAGAUCGUUCAAGAGAUAGAUCACAAUCAAGAGAUAGAGAAAAGUUAAUAAGCUAUAGAGGCCGCUCAAGAGAAAGAGAUUGUGAUAUUAAAUAUAGAAACAAAUGUGAAUAUAGAGAUAGAUAUAGAUCAAGAGAAAGAGAAUAUAAUAAAAGAUACAGAGAUAAAAGUGAUAGUAGAGAUAAUGAAAAUGUAAAAUCAUUGUUUAGCAAUACUCCAUCCAACACGACUACAAUCACGAUCACAGCAAAUGCAAAUACAGUUGAUCUAGGUUUUUCUUAA